AUGGUUGAUGAAUCCACCUGUGAAGAAAUAAAAAACUUUAUUCUUUGCUAUCAAGUAUGGAGUGAAAAAGAACAAACUCCUAUUGUUAUUAUGGCAAGUCUUAAAGAUAUUCCAAAAUAUAACAGUAAGAUAGUUUCUAAUAUAGUUGCUCAAUCAAUUCAAGAAGAUGGACUUGAUACUACUAAAUGUAUCUUCUAUAAUUCUAAUAAUAAAGACAAACCUUUAAAUCUUAAUGCAUCAAUAAUUAAAGAUUUAUAUGAUAAAUUAAUGGGAUUUCAUUAUAACCAGUAUCAAUUGCCCCUCCGUUCUCGUUGGGAUUAUGAAUUACGAACAGCAAAACAAUAUUUAGAUCGAUGUGAAGCUCACAUUUUAUUUACUC